AUGGCGAGCAGCGUGGCAAUGGCGGCGGGGCCGUGGGCCUCGGUGCGCCCGGCCCUGAGCCCGUGGAUACUGGACAUGCUGAAAGAAAUGGACUUUCGCCAGAUGACGCCGGUGCAGGCCGCGUCGAUUCCGCUGUUUCUUACGCACAAGGACGUCGUCGCGGAGGCCGUGACGGGCUCGGGCAAGACGCUCGCGUUUGUUAUACCCAUUCUCGAGAUUCUGCAGCGGAGAGAAAGUGUGCUGCGAAAGCACGAGCUCGGUGCGGUCGUCGUGUGCCCCACACGCGAGCUCGCCGAGCAGAUCGCGAGCGUCUUUCAGACGUUUCUGGACGCCCAGCCGGACGCCGAGGUGCGCGGCGAGGAGGACGAGGCACCGCGGACAAAGCGCGUGGGCGGUGUGCAGUUGUGCAUCGGCGGCACGAGUGUCGUGCCGGCUGAAGACUACCGCCGCUUCCGCGAAGAGGGACCCGACAUUCUUGUCGGCACGCCGGGGCGCAUGGAAGAGCUGCUGAAAAAGCCGGGUGUGCGCACCAGCGAGCUCGACGUGCUCGUGAUGGACGAGGCGGACCGCUUGCUCGAUCUCGGCUUUACGCAGCCCAUCCGUGCCCUACUCAACUACCUUCCGAAGCAGCGCCGCACCGGCCUGUUCAGCGCGACCAUGACCGAGGCGCUCACCGAGCUCGUGCGUGUGGGGCUGCGCAACCCUGUGCGUGUAGUGGUCAAGGUCGAGGCAAAGCAAAAGGGGUCGACCAAGGACAUUCGCAUGCCGGCGACGCUCCAGAGCUUUUCGCACAUCUCGCGCCCGGAAAACAAAUUUGCACAGCUCCUGCGCCUGCUGCACUACGAGGCGGAGCGGGGCGCACACAAGUGCAUCGUGUACUUUGCUACCUGCGCGCAAGUCAACUAUUUCUUCUCGCUUCUCGCGCGCCAGAGCAAGCAGAAGGACCGCUGGACGGCCGGCAUGCAGUUCUUUUCACUGCAUGGCAAGCAGACAACUAAGCGGCGCACGGCGACCUUUCAAGCAUUUACGCACGCGAACAGCCAGGGCGGCGGCGACGUCGCCGGCGCGACCGACGCACGCCUCAGUGUGCUGCUCUGCACGGACGUUGCGGCGCGUGGACUGGAUCUGCCGGACGUGGACGUCGUCGUCCAGUACGACCCACCGAGCGAUCCCAAGGUCUUUUCGCACCGCUGCGGACGUACGGCGCGCGCGGGUCGCAGCGGACGUGCGAUCGUGAUGCUGCACGAGGGGCGCGAAGAAGGCUACAUUGAAUACCUGCACGUGAAGCAGCUUCCGCUGCGUCCAUACCCCUACCUGCUCGCCGGCGACGUGCCAUCGCCCGGCCCCGAGCCGGAGCUCGAUGAGGACGCACGCGAGCUCGAGUCGGCGCUGCGUGCGACCGUGCGCCAGGACCGUGCGUUGUACGAGCUCGGAAUGCGUGCAUUUGUCAGCUGGGUCAAGGCCUACUCGAAGCACGAGGUGAACUACAUCUUCCGUCUGAGCGACCUCCCGCUCGACCACAUGGGCUGCGAAUUUGCGCUGCUGAACCUGCCGCGAAUGCCCGAGAUUUCGCGCUGGCGGCAGCACAACGAGGGCAAAAAGUCGCUUUUUGCAGACGAACUGCCGGAUCUCCGCACUUUUGCGUAUGCCGACAAGCAGCGCGAGACGCAGCGUCUCGCCGCUCUCGAGCGCCAGGACGCCGAGCCCGCGCCAAAAGCGGCGCCGAAAGCUCCCAAGGCCGAGGCCUGGAGCGAGCAAAAGCGGCGGCGCGAGAACCGCGACGUGCGUCGCGAAAAGAAGGAGCGCAAGCGCCGCUGGCUGCACGAGCAGGCCGAGGCCGAGGCCGCCCCUGCCGAGCCCGAGAGCGAGGACGACUGGGGCGCCGAGGAGCGUGCUGCCAAGAAGCUCAAGCAAGGCAAGCUGCCCCAGGAGGAAUUCGAUGCAGAGUUCUUCGACGCACUGUAG